CAGUUUCACUGAAGGAUAUAUAAGGCCACUGUCAUCGACAGCUUGUCAUCACAACCUCUCUAACUCCACCUGAGGACAAGUGAGACAACAGCUCAGCUCAGAGUCACACGGAGGAAGACAUGGUGUCAAUCAAAGCUACAGUGACGGUGAUCACUCUCUUCACCUUUUGUCUGCUGUCUACAAGCACAUCUGCGGUUUAUCAUGGAUGUUGUCGAAGUUACAUGACAACCAAAAUACCAUUUCGGGCAAUCAAGGGGUACUCAGUCCAGACCAUUACAGAGCUUUGUCCCAUCAAUGCCAUCAUUUUCCACACAAAGAAGGGUAAAGCCUGCACCAAUCCUGCUUUGAACUGGGUGAUGAACUAUGUCGACCUUUUAAGGAAUAAAGCACAAAUGGUUCACAUCAAGACCUCGCAAGCGCAGAUAUAGAGUUGGUGCUGCAGAGAUGGUGGAGCCCCGCUGCAGCAAGCAAUUUUCUAUCUCAGCUUUGUGUGUUUUCCAGUUUUAUAACUCAGUGAACUCCUGUUUGAAGUUGCUUUAAUAAAACUGCUGACAAUUAAAACAAAUGUCAUUAUGCAAUACUGGUAUCAGCUCAGUUGUAAGAGCAUUAUAUAAUACUGUUUUUAUAUGUUUCUGUAUAUUUCUGUAUUUGUACAUGUUGUAAUAUAGAAAAAUUAAAGUUUUGUUAAAAAAUAA